UUCCCUUCCCUUCCCUCCCCUUCCCUUCCUUCCCUUCCCGGCCGGCAGAGGGAUUGUGGGUAACGGAACCCACUAGCCGAGGCGCCCGGCUCGGCGCCGCAGGUUCCACUCACUCACGCCUGGUCGGUUGGCAUUGGCGGUUGCGGGGCGGACAGCGGCCGGACAUGGAGCAGCCGUGGCCCCCGCCGGGCCCUUGGAGCCUUCCCCGGGCCGAGCGCGAGGCCGAGGAGGAGAACGACUUGGACGCGUCGCCGGGUUCUCCCCGCGCCCAGAUGUAUAAUGAUGGAAUUGAACUGGCUUGCCAAAAACAAAAAGAGUUUGUGAAGAGCUCUGUGGCUUGCAAAUGGAAUCUCGCUGAAGCUCAACAGAAACUUGGUAGCUUAGCACUACAUAACUCUGAGUCCUUGGAUCAGGAACAUGCCAAAGCACAAACAGCAAUAUCAGAACUGAGGCAACGGGAAGAAGAAUGGCGACAGAAAGAAGAAGCUCUUGUACAAAGAGAGAGAAUGUGUCUGUGGAACAUGGAUGCCAUUAGCAAGGAUGUUUUCAAUAAGAGUUUUAUUAAUCAAGAUAAGAGGAAUGAAACAGAAGAUGAAGAUAAAUCAAAAUCAUUUAUGCAGAAAUAUGAACAAAAAAUUAGAUAUUUUGGUAUGUUGAAUCGAUGGGAUGAUAGUCAAAGAUUUUUGUCUGACCAUCCAUAUCUUGUCUGUGAAGAAACUGCUAAAUACCUUAUUUUAUGGUGUUUUCAUCUAGAAGCUGAACAGAAAGGGGCUCUGAUGGAACAAGUAGCACAUCAAGCUGUUGUAAUGCAGUUUAUUAUGGAAAUGGCCAAAAACUGUAAUGUGGAUCCAAGAGGGUGUUUUCGUUUAUUUUUCCAGAAAGCCAAAGCAGAGGAAGAAGGUUAUUUUGAAGCAUUCAAAAAUGAACUUGAAGCCUUCAAAUCAAGAGUCAGGCUUUAUUCUCAAUCACCAAGUUUUCAACCUAUGGUAGUUCAAAAUCAUGUUUCUCAUUCUGGUGUUGGAUCUAUAGGUUUAUUAGACUCUUUGCCACAGAAUUCAGAGUAUCUUCAGUAUUCUAGCAACUGCAGUUUAAAUUCAGUGGUACAUAAAGAAGAUGAUGAACCUAAAAUGAUGGACACUGUAUAAAUCGGUUAAGACUGCUGAGGCCAAGUGCUAUUUUGUUACAAGAAAGGAAGAACUUGGCUAUUUUCUUGACACUUUUAUGGGUGCUGCACUUUAUUUUUGUUUGGUUUUUGAUGAAAGGGGGAAAAAAGAGUACUGAAAACGUUUUGUAAUUUUUUUUUAUGUGCUGCUAGGUUUGUUUUGUUUCUGAAGAGAGGAGUGGUACAACAUGUUGUGGGAUGUGAAACUGGACCUAUUUUGGCGACUAAAUUUGUCUUUAAUCUUACUGUUUUCGAUUUUGGAAUCAAAGUAUGAGAGUCUGCACAAAUGCUGUGUUUACAAGGACUGGUUGAUUCUAGGAGGCAUCUGCUACAGUGUCUCUUUACAUGGAUAUGUACAUGUCCUACUCUACAAAACUGAUUAAAGAGAAAAAUGUACUUGUAUCCUGUUGCUAAUUUAGCUGUCAAAUCCGGUGUUUCAUCCUAUUAAAAGCAAUAAAUCAAUA